AUGAAGCGAAGGGCAUCUCAGAAUAAGAUUUUGAUCCCGACGAAACUCCGUGCGCCAUGUGGUCGGAAAGCCGUCAUAUGCAUCAACAAUGCAGAAGUACUCCAACGAGGGCGGGGAAUUUCGUGGAGGGAGUUAGGCAGUGACUCUACGAAUGUUGAGGAUGAAAGAGGGAAAUAUUUGUCGAACACUACCCAACCUUUCGGAAUUUCGCCAUCAUUCAGAAUUGACAGUAACAACGAAGAUAACUUGCAUAUUUUAGCUCCGACUCAAGCCUUGCCGAAUGAGCUCAUAGUAGAAAUCGCAUACUGUCUUCGCGACUCCGAUAAUACCGCCCGGGGAGCUAUCAAAGGAAGUUACAAGCUCGACAACCCAGAUGCCUCUAAUGUCCAGGCAGGCCGACUUAUGGGACAGUUUGCGGGCCAACAUUCCGCGGUUAUAGAGUUGCUGACUACUCUCACGUUGAAUGUUGAGCGAUUGAGUCUGCAUGGAUUUAACUCGAUGACUAACGUUAUGUUGAACAUCAAGCAUCUCGAGACCACCCUUGCAAUAAUUCCGCGAACAAAUUUCUAUCGCUGGUCCGUAGCAGGAUACAAUGGCGAACAGCCGAGAUCACGAAAGGUGAGUGUCAAUAUUCUAAGAAUCCGUUGCAAGGACAAGUUCACCUUUGAGAUUGGCAGAAAACACUUCUUUCAACUACUCCGAAGUUUGCACACCGAUCCUGAUGCCUUGAAGAUACUGUCUCCGGUUUUCGGGAUUUUCAUUCUAGAUGGAUCACGAGAGGUGAACUGGAAGAAAGUAUUUUUUUUUCUGCGCCUAACCCCAUAUCUUGAAUUCUCCACGAUUCGGUUCAGGAAGGGUUAUGAGUUAAAGGAAGUCGUUAACUCCAAGUACAGCCUGCGACAGAUCAAGCUCUACCUCGAAGAAGAGCUUCAUAUGGGGAUUCAGCGUGAUGUCAUAGAGAACUUUGAGACGAUAGUGGGGACACCAAAACGCUUACCUUUCAUUACAAUGCCGCACAUUCUACUAGGACAUAGUCAGAUUCUCUCUAAUUCAUGCUUAGUUCACGGCUCUGGUAUUCUAUUCAUAAAACCCGCUCCUUCGAUCGCCCUUACGCAAGAGGCACUGCCACUUGGUGGCUCCCUCAUGAAGUCCAUGCAAGGUAAAUACUAUCUGAUCAUCACCUCCGCCCGAACUCCUUAUAUACAUGGCUUCAUUCUUGCACCACGAUGGUCCGAGCUCGACUCUCGGGGAUUCUCCCAAGAUUUCCGUAACUUAUCCCUUGCCUGUCGAGAAUUCUUUUCUUGCGCACUGGAGAUCUUGUUUGGAACUCUUGUUUUGGGACCCUCUAAUGAGUCCGCAUUGCCACAUCUAGUGCCUCUUACCGGAACUCUUUUUUGCCACUGUAAUCUGUUGAAUAAAGUGAGGAAUCCCACGGCGCUGUUCAUCACGUUCAAAGACUUUGACACUAGCACGUCUCUCAGUGAUGCUAUCAAAGUGGCAAUUGACACAUUAACUCUCAAUACGAACUUGAAGAUGCUAUUUAGCAUCUUCUUUUUCGCCUUUCCUUUAAUUGAGCAGGGAAGCAUCGUCGAUGACAAGCGACACGGUCUAUCCGGCCUUCUAACACCACCACGCCUUAUUACAUACGAUAAUGCCGAUCCUCUAAGCUCCAUUCCCAGCUCUACAUUAUCUGUCGAUGAGGGUAUACGCCAUCCCAAGCCAAUUACUCCAGAAUCCCACUCCGAGGACAUGGUGCGACUCAGUGCUACUCACUUUCUUUUUGAGACCCGUACCCUGCUGAGCAGCUUCAAGAACCUCAAGGUCCUCGAUCUAUACAACAAAUGCGACUGCUCCGAAGAAACUCCUUUACCCUACUUAUUUCACCGGGCCAACUCUGGAGAUUUUGAAGACAGCUCCAAUAUAGUUCGAGUUCAAUAUCAUGAUCAGCCCCUUCAAACAGUGGCAAGGAUUGUUCGAUUGCAGCAUUGCGGCUUUCCUUCCUCCAGUCUUGAGAAACUUGAUAUCAUUAACGGGGGCGAUGAUACGACUGAAUGGGUGCAGGAUAUUGUAGAUGACGGAGAUGGUCUUCCGGGAUUAUAUGAGCUCCGUUUCAUAAUAGUCGGUGGUCUAGCGGCAGGAGAUGAGUUUUUCCUAGCAGGAAUUGAUGAAUUUGGUUGGGGGAUUAAAAACCGGUAUAUCGAAUGGUAUACCAUUCGCGAACAUGGACCGAGCCAGCCAGGCGUUGGCGCAAGUAUACCCAGUAGGGUGAGGCAAGCAGGAUGGGUUAAAGAGGCUGCAUCAGCUGAAGAUGUUUACACCAACAAAUGCAGGAGCUAUUGGGUAGUCAACUUUUCAUUUUCAAUAAUUAACAGGACUUACGCAGCUCUAGCAGAACGAGGUAACGUUGCCCAGUCUUCCGUUCACCAUCAUGAACGCGGAUGGGGCUUGAGAGAGGUACAGAUCCGAGGCCAACAAUACCUGUUACAACUGUCUAACCUUGGGCACCCCGACGCGGCUGCAGCACGCAUUCUGACUACCCCGCUUGCAAAGCAAGAACCUUAG